GAUGCAUCUAUCGACUGAAAUAAAACGAUAAUUUUCUAUUCGCCUUGUGUUGUUUCUGUCGUUUGGGUUCUGGCUCGUCUAAUUUGGAAAACUAAAAAUGGGGAAACGUUCGAUAAAUACCACAAAAAGUGGAAAAUUUAUGAAUCCGACAGAUCAAGCACGGAAAGAGGCACGAAGACGUGAAUUAAAGAAAAAUAAAAAACAACGGUUACUUGUCAGACAAACUGUUCUGAAAGGGAAAGAUCCCACUACAAUUUUCUCAGAGCUUGAAAAAAUAGACCAGAUGGAAUUCAAUCCAGUCCAGUCUGCACCGCUUAGUGAAAAAGUGUUGAAGGAAAAAAGAAAAAAAUUAAGGGACACAUUAAACAGAAUCAUGAGACUAUAUGAAAAAGAAGAACCAACCCAGUGGACCCAAAUCAAAGCGAUGGAAGUUCAGUAUGAGAAAAGACGGGCUGAACUCAUCAUAUACUGUGAAUCAGUGAAGCACACUCAGACUGUAAAUCUAGAAGAGAUUCCCUUGCCAAACUUGGAGUUGUCAGGUACUCCAGGAUCAUCACUUCCUGCACCACCUGGAAUCCUGAAAAAAAUCAGCAGCUAUGGGUUGUUGCGCAAAUCACCUGGUGUUCCGUCGGUUCCACCUCCUGAAAUUUAUGAUAUUUGGGAUGAAGGUGAUGGGGCAACGAUAGAGCCUGGGAUUCCAGGCAUUGACGAUGAAGAAGAAGAUCUUCCACCGUAUCACACCUACUACCAAUUCAUUCGUCCUCCUCUUGAAGAUAUUGCGUUGCCAAAAGACACCACAGAAGACGACGCUGAAAUGGCUGAAGAUUAUGAGGAAGAUGAUGAUAAUGAAAGCGACGAUGAAAAUUUGGAAGCAACUGCUAAACCGGUUCCAGUACCUGCCGAACCACCUCGGCCUACAACACUUCAACAGCGAAUGUUAGCAAUUGCUGGUCAAGAUGUUAACACAGUUAUUCAAGAGAUGGACUAUCUGCAUCGUCAAAAAGAGAUGAAUCGCCAAGUAACCCACGAAACAAGAAAGGCACGGAUGGAAGCGGGAGACUUUGACGAUGAUCCAUCAAUAGAUAACAAUAAAUACCCUCCACAUAUGCCACCUCAUCCUGGGCAGUUUCAACGACCCCCGAUGAUGCCUGCUUAUGGACCCUAUGGUUCCAUGGGCCCACCCCCACCCAUGGGAUAUGGUGGAUUCGUCCCUCCCCCGAUUCCAGGAUCUAGAUUACCACCAGGUCCUCCACCCAGAAUGCCUCAGGGUUUAACACCACGGCUUAUUCGACCUCCUGGGAUGCCUCCUCCGCCUCCACCAGGUCUACGUCCAGGCGCCCCAUCAAUGCUUACCGGUCGGCCGCAGUUGAGCACUAGCGCUCCGUCUAAGCCAUCUUCAAAACCUACUGCUUCCAUCAUCGAGGCAAAACCGCAAAUGCGUAAUCUAAGUGCAGAUUUAACAAGAUUCGUCCCUACAACGUUAAAAGUGAAGAAAGACAUGCCACCCAAAAAAGAUGUGGUAAAACCGAGUGUCAAUCCCCACAUUGAAUGGAGAACCCCACAAGUACAGGUUUCAAGUAAAUCCGUGCCAGUAGCUCAACCUCCUGUGAAAACAAAAGAUGAUGCUUAUUCACAGUUUAUGAAAGAAAUGCAAGGAUUUAUGUAAGCGACUGAGUAACCGGAUUUUUCUUCUGCUCUCGACUUUUCCACAUGAGACUUAAUUCAAACUGUAUUUCUUCAUUGAGUUUCAUUUCGUGAAUUAAACAACUAAGAGAUUCUUAAAAAA